AUGCGCUCAUCAUCGUUGUCAGAGGACUACUCCGACUCUGAGACUGGAAUCGAAGAACAGGAUCAAGACCAAAUUGAUUCCAUAUUAUCAGAAGAAGAAGAAGAAGAAGAAGAAGAAGAAGAAGAAGAAGAAGAAGAAGAAGAAGAAGAAGAAGAAGAAGAAGAGGAAAAACCACCUUAUAAACCAUUCUCAAAACGAUCAGCUCCUAAUUUAUUCUGGUUCAAACUGCAAGAAUUGCUUACACUACCUUCACAAUUCUUCUUCGCUUUGACCGGAUUAAUGGGAAUAGCCAAUUAUGCUAGGCAAAUAGUCAGUAUAGUACCACUGAAACCGGCUACUCUGCUUGUACGUCGAUCAAAGGAAGGGAUACGAAACCAAGUCAAAGUGGAUCAAUGGGUAAAAGAUAAUGUACAUUCUUUGAAAGGUGUAUUUAAGCCUUCUUGGUGGGCACCGAAUGGUCAUUUGCAAACAUUCUUCACGGUAAUAGGGGAUUUCACAAAAGUAGAUAAAGUACAUUACGUCAGGACUUACCUGAGAUUGCCAGAUGGAGGAACCAUUGGGUUGGAUACUACACCUGAAGAUCACCAUACCCUUCCUGACGAUACUCCGACGGUAGUUGUGUGCCACGGCUUGACAGGUGGUUCUCACGAGUCUUAUGUGCGGAAUGUGUUGUCUUGGGUGACAAGGUCAAAGGAGCAAGGUGGGAUGGGCGCUCGAGCGGUUGUAGUGAAUUUUAGAGGCUGCGCUGGCGUUCCCGUAACUUCGCCUCAGAUGUAUUCAGCGGGCACAACUAUGGAUCUCGCAUCGGCUCUUCACUUCCUUCGACAUCGAUAUCCCUCUUCACCUCUUCACGGUAUCGGAUUCUCUUUGGGUGCAUCGGUAUUAUCACGUUAUUUAGGGGAAGUCGGUUCUGAAUCGAUACUUUCAUCUGGAAUAGUACUGGGUUGUCCAUGGGAUUUAUCUGCAAUGUCACAUAAAUUAGAUCACGAUUGGUUCACAUCAAGAGUUUACUCAUCCACCUUGGGCCAAAAUGUCUUGAAGCUGUUCUUCAAGGCUUACGAUAGUAAUCCCACUAUAUUCGAGGGUGAAGAUUGUCUAGUUAGAGAAUACCUGGAUGACCUGAAGACUCAAAGGAAACAAAUGGGCUCAAAUACCAGAUUAAGAAAAGUUGAUGAUUUAAUGGUUUGUAAGAUUGGUGGUCCAAGGCACAUUGGUGCGUGGCCAUUUGAAAAUGCAGAGGGUUAUUAUCAAUGGGCAAGUCCGAGAAGGUUGAUUGAUGGAAUCAAAGUCCCUAUGCUAGCUAUCAACGCUAUGGACGAUCCGGUAGUAGAUUGCACUGCACUCCCUUUGGACGAACUGAAAGCAUCUUCUCAUGUUGUAACGGCUAUAACAGGCUCAGGCGGUCAUUUAGGAUGGUUCGACGGGCCUUUUCCAUUGUGGUCUUCAAUUGCUUCCAAGCGUAGAUGGGUCUUGAAGCCAGUCUCGGAGUUCUUGACUGCCGCUUCGAGAGAUUUAGAUGUAGUAGGAUCUGAUCUUGAAGUGACCGAUCAAGAAGGAUGGCAAUGGGUCGAAAAAGGGGGACACAAGAUACCAGGAUUAGAAAGAAGAGGAUGGAAGAUACUAAGAGAAGGUGAAGAGAUAUUAGGUGAAGGUGAUGAAGGUGAGGCUGGAGUAAUACAAGGAUUAUAG